AACACAUUCAGUCCUCCGUGCUGCUGCUACAGGGAAGGUGACGGCGUUUCAGGAAAGUAUAGAAUUAAUGAUAGUUACGCAUGGUUGAGAGCGAUCGGAAAACAUUCGGAUCAAAAACUGUUAUCUCGUGGCCGAUACCACCAGAUGCGGCAAGUCAGGUUUUUGAAUGUGCGGUUGUGAUAAAACACAGCGUUAAAUGACAUACAGUUAGAAGAAUAAGUAAAUGUGUAUUUUAUUAUAUUUCAUGUGUAAAUAUAGGAGGAACAGUCAGAACACAAGCAACCAUCAGUCUUUAAAGCCAGAGACAGAGCUGGAGGUGUGUGGAGAUCAUAGAGUUCAAGAGUCCAAGGUCACACAGGAUGGAGUUCAUCGAGAGUUCAGCCACAUGGUCCUUUAUGUGGUCAAAAUGAUAAUACUGGUUUGGUUUUUGAAAACCAGUUGGUGUUGGUUUGGUAAAGGAGGAGCUGUAUACUGUACAGGGUAUAUAAUAGAGUAUUCAUCAUCGGUUGUUCAGGUAAAGUCUCCAGACUUUUCCUGCCCUAAGUUUGGAGGUUUACCUUGGACAUGUGGCCUUAUUGUGUGACUGAGGAACAUGUACCAGACUGUACCUGCAGACUGCAGUACCAGGUUUACCAACGGAAGAAUUCAGGCUUGAACCUCUGAAUAUCCAUAGAAUAUGUCACAGUUGGUUCAGACGGUGUUUAAACAUCUUAUUGUGAAAGUUCUGUACUGAAGAAGGAUGAUGAAGAUGUUUCACACACUGAUUGCCCUUUUUCUUCUUCUACUGUGGACAAUCAGCAUGACACCAACUAUGGAGGAUGGUGUCAGUGACGUGCUGUCCGACGUGGUGGAGGACGUCAUUGAAGCUGUCUACAGAAACGUUGGUGGAGCUCAGCUUCUGCACGAACUCCUGAGUGCGCCGUGGCUGUGCGCUCUGCUGAAGAUUUAUGAGUGCCUGUUGCAGUUCCAGAGGUUGACACCCAGCCCCAUCCUGCCUUAUGCAUCAGGACUCUCGCACGAGAUAAUGACUGUGAUACAGACGGUCCCCCGUCCUUCAGCCGAAGCUCAAGAGCUCCACAACCUCCUCAGCUCACCACACAUCCAGGCCCUCCUAUCGUCCCAGGACAGUGUGGCCCAGUUAGACUACGGACCCGUUUUACCCCCUCUUCCCGACGAGAUGCCCGAGAACGAGGAGGCCAUGAGGAUCGUUUGUCUGGUGAAGAACAACCAGCCGCUGGGGGCGACUAUAAAAAGGGACGAGGAGACGGGAGAGAUCUACAUCGCCCGGGUGAUUCAUGGAGGACUGGCCGACCGCAGCGGACUCCUCCAUCCUGGUGAUCUGUUAGUAGAGGUGAAUGGGAACCCUGUGGUGGGUCUGGAGCCAGAACAGGUCAUCCAGAUACUGAUCAACUCUCAGGGAACCAUCCUGUUUAAAGUCAUCCCAAACACAGCUCAGAGCAGCAGCAGCCUGAAGUCGGUGUAUAUGAGGGCGAUGGUGGACUACUGCCCCCUGCAGGACUCCUCCAUCCCCUGUCCCGAUGCAGGAAUGGCGUUCAGCAGAGGAGACCUGCUGGAGGUGGUGGACCAGUCAGACGGACGGUGGUGGCAGGCCAGGAAGCUGCCCUGCACUGUGUCUUGCGCUGGUCUGAUUCCCUCUGCCAGCAUGCUGAAGGGUAAACAGAGGGAACAGUGGUGGUGUCAGCCAUUACAGGUUCAUACCUGCAUCAGACCCUUAACCCUGGCUCAUAACGAGGACGAUCGAACUGAAGUCCAACGCAGCGUCUCGGAGCUGGAAGAACCACACUUUGAUGAGGAUGACUGUGACGUUUCUGAUGGGAUCUACCUGGCGGGUUUCCGACGAAGUUUCCGUCUCUGGAGGUCCUACAGGAGGAGACGACAGUCCUGCACCUCCUGCUCCCCCAACAGCAGCGCUCUGUCCACCCCGUACGAGGAGGUGGCUUUGUACCAGCGCCCCCCUCAGGAGAACCACCGCCUCAUCAUCCUCAUUGGUGCUUCAGGAGUUGGAGUUACUGAACUGAGGAAACGACUCAUCAAACUGAACCCUUCCUCCUACCAGGGACCCGUACCUCACACCACUCGUCCAAUCAGAGCAGGGGAGCGGACAGGAAGAGAGUACCACUUUGUGACCAAAGAGCUGUUUGAGUACAUGGUCUGCAACCACAGGUUUGUGGAGUAUGGGGAGUAUAAGGGCCACCUUUACGGGACAAGCACCGACGCCAUUGAUGAGGUGCUGAAACGAGGACGGAUGUGCAUCAUCGAUGUUGAACCACAUUCCAUCCAGCCGCUGAGGACGAGGAAACUGAAGCCUUUCGUAAUCUUCAUCAAACCUCCCAACUCGGACAGACUGAGACAAACUCGGAGAGAAGCCCGAAUCAUCACCAAUUACACCGUCAACAGAGCCUUCACGGAGGAUGACUUUGUGGAGCUGGAGGAGGUGUCCCUGCUGAUCGAGGCGAAGUACAAACAGUUUUUCGACGGCGUGCUGGUGAACGACGACCUGCAGGACACCUGCAUGCGGCUCUGCUCUGUCAUCCAGGAGGCGCAGAACGAACCACAGUGGAUGCCGGUCAGCUGGAGCCGGACGCCGGAGUAAAGCAGGAGAGGAGUGAAACAUCAGGAUGGGAAUGAAGAAAUACGAGAGAGAAUAAGUGACGGAUAAAAGAGGACGAUGUUGAGUGGAAUAUAAAGAACUGGUGACAGGAACAGGGAGGAGACCUCGACAUGGAGACAAAUGGGAGGAGCAGGAACAGGAUCAGGUGCUUCUUCGUGUGUUUGCCUCCACCCUGAGACCGCAGUGAAGGAAACGUGUAACUCAACCAACGGAUUCGGCUAUAAAGUAGCUUGUACUUAGAGGCGGAGGCCGCCAUUCCCAUGUGGGAUUCGGUUUGUCUACUGAAACACAACGGACUGAGAGGAAACGCUGCAGCAUGUAUUUCAGUGUUACUGUUUGUAUUCUGAUUGAUAUCAGCCUCAUUGUUCACAGCUAGAUUAGCUUACUGCUAAUGCUAACACAACAUUUCCCACUGCUUACUUAUACUACUUACUAAUAGUGACACCAGUGGUCAUUAAGUGAACUGCAGGCAGUGUCCUGUUGCUUGCUACACUAGACUAAAGCUAGUUAACAGUAUUUUAAUACAUUAGCUAGCAAGCAAUUAAUCCGUGUUAGCAAUCAAGCUAACGUUAUCCAGCUAACAGCACAAUCAGACAAUAUGUUCCACUAGCUUAGCAUUAAUGUUAGCUUUGACUUUGGACUCUGUGUUGGACUCUGUGUUGGACUCUGUGUUGUGGACUCUGUGUUGUGGACUCUGUGUUGGACUCUCUGUUGUGGACUCUGUGUUGUGGACUCUGUUUUGUGGACUCUGUGUUGUGGACUCUGUGUUGGACUCUCUGUUGUGGACUCUGUGUUGGACUCGUGUUGGACUCUGUGUUGUGGACUCUGUGUUGUGGACUCUGUGUUGGACUCUGUGUUGGACUCUGUGUUGUGGACUCUGUGUUGGACUCUGUGUUGUGGACUCUGUGUUGGACUUUUGUGUUGGACUCUGUGUUGUGGACUCUGUGUUGGACUCUGUGUUGUGGACUCUGUGUUGGACUCUGUGUUGUGGACUCUGUGUUGUGGACUCUGUGUUGGACUUGUGUUGGACUCUGUGUUGGACUCUGUGUUGGACUCUGUGUUGUGGACUCUGUGUUGGACUCUGUGUUGGACUCUGUGUUGUGGACUCUGUGUUGUGGACUCUGUGUUGGACUCUGUGUUGGACUCGUGUUGGACUCUGUGUUGGACUCUGUGUUGUGGACCUUGUGUUGUGGACUCUGUGUUGUGGACUCUGUGUUGGACUCUGUGUUGUGGACUCUGUGUUGUGGACUCUGUGUUGGACUCGUGUUGGACUCUGUGUUGGACUCUGUGUUGUGGACCCUGUGUUGUGGACUCUGUGUUGGACUCUGUGUUGGACUCUGUGUUGGACUCGUGUUGGACUCUGUGUUGGACUCUGUGUUGGACUCUGUGUUGUGGACUCUGUGUUGGACUCUGUGUUGUGGACCCUGUGUUGUGGACUCUGUGUUGGACUCUGUGUUGGACUCUGUGUUGUGGACUCUGUGUUGUGGACUCUGUGUUGGACUCUGUGUUGUGGACUCUGUGUUGGACUCUGUGUUGUGGACUCUGUGUUGGACUCUGUACUCUGUGUUGUGGACUCUGCAUUGGACUCUGUGUUGGACUCUGUUGGCACUCGGGAGCAUAAAGGUCACAACCUUUGACCCUCAUCCUACAUAGAGACACAUAGAGAUCAGUCCACAGACAGCAGAGGGACAAAGCUCCACUACAACCUGUUCACUCUCUGCUGAUCAAUAAUCAGAUUAUUAUAAAAACAUUCAGAAUCUGACAACAACUGAUGUUCUGAUGGUGUUAUCACAGACAAGACACUUCAAUAAAUAUGUUAUUGCUUAUGCUAAUUAAAGAUCAGGAUAAAAUCA